UCACGAGCUGCGGUACGUAUAUAUACAACCAUUCAAACACUUAAUAAGAAAAACUGGCUAUAAAAUCAUGGCUUUAUCAUCAUCGUCAACAAUAUUUCCGCUCUCGAGUUUCAGUCCGAGCUGUCACUCAAAUCGGAAAAGCAGUAUUUACAAUGCGCUUCAUAUGACCGUCCGAUCGAGGCUCUCCGACGACUCUACCCUUCUCCUCCAGGCCGCCAAAUUCACAAAUAACGUUUUCAAGCCCAAAAUGGAUCUGUUUCGAGUAAUGACAGCAAUUGUUCUGGUUCAAUUUCACGAAGAGGAUGAAGUGGAUUCAUUUGUGGAGAACGGGAUGGUGGUAGGGCUGGGGUCCGGCCGAGCUUCCGGUUUCGCUAUACAAUCUGUCGACAGUGCAAGUGAGGCAGCAAAGGCAGGUGUCCCUUUGGCUGAAUAUAGAGACAGCUCCAAACCUACCCCAACUUGCUUGGGACUAAAAGGCUAUGUUGUUGUUGUUGUUGUGGAAUUGGAUUUGAAACAAGAGCUGAUGAAUCUUGUGCUCAUUCUUGACAUGCUAAAGUUGCAUCAAAUUAUUAUAAUGUGUAUAUUGAUUGAUAUAGCGUUCAUUGAUGCUGAUGUCAUAGAAGAAGAGUCACUAGUAGCAGUUAUUGGUCGUAAGAAGUUGCUGGGUGGUGAGUCCAUAAUCCAAGAAAAGGCCAUACUGAGAGCAGCUGGAAAACUGGUUCUCAUUUGUACAGCCAAGCAGUAUCAAGGUGUUGUAGAUGGAUCAAUUCCAGUUCUAAUCAACUCUGUCAACUGGUUAGAAACUGCUGAGGAAAUAGACGACCUGUUUCUUGGUGAUGCUGAGGUCUGGAGAAGACCGGCUGUAGGAUACGCGGGCCCAUUAGGAGGUGAUUUCCCGCUCGUCACUAGAGAAGGACAUAACGUUCUUGAUGUAAUCUUUACAUCUCCGAUUCAAAACCUUGGUGAAGUGGCAGAUAGUCUUGAUCAGGUAGCUGGCGUAAUUGAGCAUGGCGUCAUUUCCAGAAUCCCGUGCACAGCCGUGAUAGCCAAAGAAAACGGGAUGCGUGUUUUUAGAAAUUCUCUUAUGAAUGAAGGAAGCAAGGUUUUGUAGAAUUCAGGUCAUAGCUACUGCAUAUUUGUAUGUCUUUUGCAGUUUUAUUAACAGCGCUGUAAAGUGUAAAGUAUAGUGCUGUAAUCGAACGAACAAUCCGAGCUUGGGCGUUUCGAGCUCGUGCCCAUUUAAGUUCGAACUUCGUGUUCGUUCGUUUAUUUUUCGAGCAAAAAAUCAUGUUUGAGCUCGUUCGUUUAAUUGUUCGUCAAAGUUUAAGUUCGUUCGUGUUCGAAUAAUUUAGGAUAUAAAACUUUUUAAAAAUAUUUGAUUAACUCGAAAUUUGUUCGUUCGGACUUGAUCAAACUCGAAAAACAAAAAAAA